UCAGUCCCCCUUCGAUUACAAACAUGUCAGUUAUGUAUCUGUCAGGGUUGACUGUUUGACCAGUAUUCAUCUGUUUUUCUUCCAGUUUUUGGAUUGCGAUGGCGUCUCUAAAAUCAGUCCUAACUUAUUCCAGCAGGGCGAUUAAAACACUGAAAAACCACACUCAUGUCAUUUUCAUCAAGAGGACAUUCCUCCUGAGCAGGCUGCCUCUCUUUAAACAUGCUCAAGGCAGGUUCAUUAACUUUGGCCGACAGUCCAGCUCCACAGUCACUGGAGCACAGAAAGGUGAAGACUCUUUCCUCAAAUGGUUCCUGCUGCUGAUUCCUGCCACCACAUUUGGCCUUGGGACAUGGCAGGUGAAACGGCGUCAGUGGAAGCUGGAGCUGAUUAACGACCUGAGACGACUCACUACUGCAGAGCCCAUUCCUCUGCCCAUAGAUCCUCUGGAGCUGAAACACCUAGAGUACAGGAGGGUGAAAGUGCGUGGACAGUACGACCACUCUCAGGAGUUAUAUAUAUUGCCCCGCUCACCAGUGGACCCGGACAAAGAGGCCAGAGAGGCUGGAAGACUCACCUCAAGCGGAGAGACGGGUGCCAACGUUAUCACCCCAUUCCGCUGCACAGACCUGGGCAUCACAAUCCUAGUGAACAGAGGAUACGUCCCAAGGCAGAAGAUAAGACCUGAGACCAGGAUGAAGGGACAGGUGGAACAUGAGGUGGAGGUGGUUGGAGUCGUCAGGCUGACAGAACCCCGUAAACCUUUUGUACCAAAUAACGAUGUGGACAGAAACCGCUGGCAUUUCCGAGACCUGGACGCCAUGGCCCAAGUCACUGGGGCUGAGCCCAUCUUUAUCGACGCAGACUUUGGCAGUACCAUUCCUGGUGGACCAAUAGGAGGACAGACCAGGAUCACAUUGAGGAAUGAACAUAUGCAGUACAUCAUGACAUGGUAUGGCCUGUGUGCAGCAACAUCAUACAUGUGGUAUGCCAAGUUCAUCAAGAAGAUCAAAAUAUGAAAUUAAACAGUAUGAUUAUAUGAGGUAUGGCGUUAACUGAUUGUAGAAUACCUGGUCCAUGCUACAAAGGCUCCAGUCUGUAAUGUGGAUCCACUGAUGAAAAGUGUAAAUAUUUCUCCUGAAAUAAAUUAUGUUGGUGGGAA